AUGAAGUUCGAAACAUCAUUUGAAACUGAGAAAGCUCACUUCUGCUCUUCUGUUGUUGGAUCAUCACUGCAGAAUAGGUGUAUUGCCUUAGCAGAGUAUAGGCUUUUCUCGGGUUCUUGUCCUCCCAAACCUGUUCGAACUCCUUUAUUCUUGACACCCAUUCGUUCUCGCGAUUACAUUUCAGCUUACGACGCAAUCAUUUUCUCAAACGCUACAACAACACAUACAGAGUUGUACGUGGAUAUUGUCUCCGCGUGGAAUGUAGAGCAAAAAUACGACUUAGCCGCACGAUGGAAAGAAUAUCUACUAUUGGCAACGAAGGAAGAAAGCAGUCGUAUACGACUGAAUACUCGAGGACUCCUUGUACCGAGCAAACCCCUGGGGACAGCGAAUCACGCGUCCAUGUACUGUGGAAAAGCUGAUCUACUCUCCACGGAGCCUGGAGAGCAGCAGCAGUUUACAACCAGUGGUGAUGUGUUUGUUAUGGCGACACAAAUCGAUUGUGAGAAUGAUAUGGGUAAUUCUCCCGCCACUAUAAAGGUUCGACAGAAAAUCUGUAGGCAUUUAGCAAUCAUUGCCGCCAUGAAAUUACUGCUAUUCCCUUUGAUUGGUCUUGUCGCCGAUGGGCAUGGGACCCAGUGGAAAAGCGUUGCGGAUCAAUUGAGUACGGUGGUUGCAGAGGCAACAGCAGUAACUUUGAUUCACAAGGAGAAUGCCUAG